AAUGAUUCAUUUUGUAUCUGACUAUAAUAAAGCAAUUAUCUGCAUGCAGAACAAUAAAUGACUCAUGUGUAACAAGGGCGACUGACAAAUCAGCGAACAGGAUCUCUUCAGGAAACGCUUCCUGGUUUUUCUACCCACAGACAAGAAGCCACAAGGAGCCACAGAGCCUCAGCAUUGACACAGUCUCAUUGAAGAGGCUGCAGAAAUAGAAAUAUAUUUAUUUUAAGGACUGUCCCGGCGAGCAGCGAUGGUUUGCGGCGGAUUCAUUUGCACCAAGAACGCACUCUGCGCUCUCAACAUACUCUAUGUUCUGGUGAGUCUGCUGCUGAUCGGAGUGGCAGCCUGGGGCAAAUGGUUCGGCCUGGUCUCCAGCAUCAGGGUGGUGGCGGGGGUCAUCGGCGUGGGCAUCUUCCUGUUCCUGGUUGCCUUUGUGGGGCUGUGUGGCGCCCUGAAGCACCACCAGGUCCUGCUCUUCUUUUACAUGAUGAUCCUGUUCAUAGUGUUUGUUGUGCAGUUUUCUGUGUCCUGUGCUUGUCUGGCUCUGAAUAAAGACCAACAGAACCAUCUGCUGGAAGUUGGAUGGAACAAAUCCGAGGCCACUCAAAAGGACGUGGAGAAAACACUCGACUGUUGUGGCUUCUCUUACAUUAACUACAAUGGCUCGUGUGCUGCUGUAAGUAAAUCAUCUGCAAUAUCCUUUUCUUUUUCCUCUUCGCAGCAGGUUGAUCUUGAUUUGCAUGAUCACGUCUCUGGCAGUUAUUUAAUUUUCUCUCUUACUUCCUCUUCCGCCAGAGAUGCUUUCAUAACCCUUUACCAUCUUGUAAGAUGUGCUCCAACAUCAUCCAGGAGUAUGCGGGAGAGGUGCUUCAGUUUGUGGGUGGUAUCGGACUCUUCUUCAGUUUUACAGAGAUCCUUGGAGUUUGGCUCGCCCACAGAUACAGAAAUAUCAAAGAUCCUCGAUCAAAUCCUGGAGCCUUUCUAUGACCACUCACAAUUUAAUAAACCUAAAUAAUUGCACUGCUAAAUAAUUGUUUUUCCUCUUGACUUUGUAAAUCACUCUCUUCUGGACAUUUGUAAGACCUAAAGCAAGACUUUACCUUUUGCUGAAUAGUUACCACUGUAGCCACAAGUGACCAUUACAAGAUAAUGAUGCGAAAAUGUAAUGUGACAGUAACACAAGUAUAGAAAAAUCAUAAAGGGUAAAAAUCAACAAACUGACUCAGUAAUGUCAGCAACACUAGCUACUAAUAUUAGCCACUAAGUAAAGCUGUAACUACAAAACCCCUGAGUGUAUUGAACUGAGCAAAGUUUAGCUUAUUGCUUAUAAAUUCAACUUUGUGUGUGUACAAAGAAUGUGUUAUUUCAUCUUUCAAAAGUUGUAGUCUUUCUUUAAUAUUUGCUGCUCGAUUAGUUUCAUUGAAAUUGUGCAUUUUUGCUGUUGUGAACAUUGUGUUUCUUUAAAGGAAUAGUUUGACAUUUAGGGAAACAAACUUAUUCACAUUCUUGCUAAAUGAGACGAUAUCAGUCAUGUCUGUUUAGUAAAUUUAAAGCUACAGCCAGCAGCCGGUUACCUUAGCUUAGCAUAAAGACUGGAGGCAGGGGGAAACAGCUAGCCUGGCUCUGUCCAAAAUUUACAAAAUCCACCUACCAGCACCUCUAAAGCUCACAAAUUAACACGUUAUAUCUUUUGGUUAAAAUACAAUACAAUUUUAGUUUUGCAGCUUGAUAGACAUAUUGUUAUGAAACCAGGUUUGUUUUUGUUUUAUAUGUAUGUAUUGCUCUUUGUUUCCUGUGUAAAACACAUCUGAAUAAUAUGAAUUCAUACUAAAUCAUGUUUCAUCAUAUUAACUGUCUCACAACUGUAGUCAUUUUCAGUAAUUGUCCAAAAUAAACAUGCAGAAUUGCA